GCGGCGGCGCCGGGCACGGCAAGGACGGCCCAAGGGCGGCCGCGGUCCCGCCCGGGGGUGCCGGAGCCCAGCCGCGGCUAUGGCGACCUCCAAGCCGCUGUCUCGCUUCUGGGAGUGGGGCAGGAACAUCGUCUGCGUGGGGCGCAACUACGCGGAGCACGCCAAGGAGAUGGGCAGCGCCCUGCCCCGGGAGCCGCUCUUCUUCCUCAAGCCUUCCUCGGCCUACGUGAGGGAGGGGUCGCCCAUCCUCCGGCCCUACUACAGCUCCAACCUGCACCACGAAGUGGAGCUGGGAGUGGUGAUCGGCAAGAGGGCGCAGGCGGUGCCCCAGGAGGCUGCCAUGGAGCACGUGGCAGGCUAUGCCCUCUGCUUGGACAUGACGGCCAGGGACACCCAGGAGGAGUGCAAGAGGAAGGGUCUGCCCUGGACCCUGGCCAAGGGCUUCCGCUCGUCGUGCCCAGUCAGCGACUUUGUGCCCAAGGAGAAGAUCCCAGACCCUCACAAGCUGAAGAUCUGGCUCAAGGUGAAUGGAAAGCUGAGGCAGGAAGGGGAGACCUCCUCCAUGAUCUUCUCCAUCCCUUAUCUGAUCAGCUACAUCAGUGAAAUAGUCACCCUGGAAGAAGGAGACUUGAUUCUGACAGGGUCCCCCAAAGGAGUGGGGGCUGUGGAGGCCAACGAUGAGAUAGAGGCUGGGAUCAGCGACGUCCUCUCCAUGCGGUUCAAGGUGGCUCAGCAGCAGCGUGGAUCCUAACCAGGACUCCGUCUGCAGGGGCAGAGGCUCUCCUGGAAGCAUCUGGCGGACAAAGAGACACACAGGCUUGUGCUGUACCUGCAGCACUUGUGUGCCCCAAGGGCUGUGCACCAUGCACAUGAACUCCAGACAGCUCCAUCCUCAUGGAGGCUUCAUCCUCCUCUUCAUCUGUGAGCCUGGAGUCCAGCCCAGCGUGGGGCAGAUGGUUAACAGCCAAACCAUUCCUUGGGACUGCUGCUGAGAACAGUACCCUGGACAGCUGGGGAGGGAGGUGGGCUGGCUGUCACCCUGUGCACUCCGAUGGUGCUCAGAGCUUUGCCACUGUAUUGCCUCGAAAUAAA